AUGGGAUAAACUUGCAGUAUAAGCACUUGUUGUUCGAAAGAAGAAUUAUAUACGAUAAAAAAUUCAAGUAGAUCUAUUGAAAUAUAAUCUAAAAAAUUGAAUGUUUCUUACAAAAUAAGCGAAGAAGAAGAAAAAUUAGAUGAACAAAUAUAAAAGAAAAAAAGUGAUACUGUAUUAGAAAUGAAAUCUUCAUAACAUAGUAAAGUCUCUAUAAAAUAAAUCGAAAAGAAUCUUACUAUGUAAAUUAAGAGUUCUUAUCUGAAUCCUCUUGUUUUGAAAACUAUAGGAAUAAAGGAGAGAAUUAAACUUUCAGUAUAAAACAUGCUUAUUAGGCAAUAUAAUUAUAAAAUGGUGCUAUGUAUGAAGGAGAAUGGUUAAAUGGAAAGAGAGAUGGAUAUGGAAAGUAAUAAUGGCCAGACGGAUCAAUUUAUGAAGGGGAAUGGAAAGAUGAUAGAUCAUGUGGAAAAGUAAAAAAUUUGGAAUAGAUUAGGGAAAAUUAAUUCAUGCAGACGGAGAUAUAUAUGAUGGUGAUUGGUUAAAUGAUGCAGCAAAUGGUUUAGGAACUUAUAUUCAUAUUAAUGGAGCUAAAUAUUAAGGAGAAGUAUUUGGUUAAUUAAAUGAAAAAGUGGUUGAAUGACUUAUAACAUGGAAAGGGUACUGAGACUUGGUCUGAUGGUGCUAGAUAUGAAGGAGAUUAUUAUUAUGGAAAAAAGAAUGGAAAAGGAAAAUUGAAUUUUGCUGAUGGUUCAUGUUAUUAAGGUAUAAGUUUUAUAAACUUAAGGGGAUUUUAUUGAUAAUUAUAUUGAAGGUUUUGGAAACUAUAUAUGGCCAGAUGGAAGAUCUUAUGUAGGAUAAUGGAUUUAAAAUAAAAUGUAAGGAUAUGGAGAAAUUAAAUGGAAAGAUGGGAGAAAAUAUAAAGGAGUUAAAUAUUUAUUUAAUUAUUAGUUGUAUCUAGAUGAUAAAAAAAAUGGAAAAGGAAUUUUUUAUUGGGAAGAUGGAAGAAAAUUUAUUGGAACUUGGCUUUAAGGUCAAUAAAAUGGAGUUGGUAUAUAUUUUUAGUCAGAUAAUUCAUUCAGGAUUGGGGAAUGGAAAGAUGGAAAAAGAAUCAAAUGGUAUAAUGAAAAUGAAAUUCACGAACUACAAAAUUAGGGUAUUCUUGAUGAUCUUAAAAAUUAAUGA